UGUAACCUCAGUAGUGACAAAGGGGAAAGUGAAAGAGGAGAAAGAGAGGUCACUGUCUGAGAUGAAAGUAUAGUGAUUCCAGCUUACAUAUGCAUAUAUAUUUUUUGAUCUGUUAGCAUCGGCAUGCACUGUAGUUACUUUUUCCACACCACUUAUUAACUUGACUGGUGGAUACCCUUUGUUUUUCUUAACAUUGAACAACCUUGUAACAGAUGGUGGAACUGUGAAAAGAGAAGAGAAGAGAAGAGAAGAGAAGAGAAGAGAACCAUAUAGUUCACAGGUUUAAGUUCUGAUUGCCUCAACUUUGCUUAUACAGACCUGGACAGCUUUAUUCUCUUCACCAUGGCGGGCAGGUGGAGCCUCCUAAUACUGACUCUCUACCUCUCCUUCACUGUGGUCACAUCUUGCCCACUGGGAUUUAAUCGUUCGAAGAAAGGUUGCAUUGAUAUAAAUGAAUGUGAUGAAGACGAUGUUCCACCCUGUCCAGAGAAUUCAGCUUGUUUCAACACAAAUGGCAGCUUCUACUGCCAAUGUCAUGAUGGUUUCAGAUCAUCAACAAAUGCUGUGAAUUUUACGGGCGAAACAUCUGCAACAUGUAAAGAUAUCAAUGAGUGUCUUGAGGACAAAGGCUUGUGUGGGCCUAAUGCCAAAUGUGAAAACACAAUUCCACAUUAUUCCUGCUUUUGUGAGGAUGGAUUCAUUUCCUCUACUGGGGUGAAAAAAUUUCAUCGCGGUGACAACGUGACAUGUAAAGAUAUUAAUGAAUGCCAGGAGGAAGCGGUUUGUGGCCAGAAUGCAACAUGCAUCAACACACCCGGCAGUAGUUACUGUGUCUGUAAUGCUGGGUUUGGUCUAAAAUCUGGCAAAUCUAAUUACUCUGGAACUCAGGAGCAAUGCGAAGACAUAUGUAUGAUUGAUAAGACAAUCUGCGGAAAUGGAACCUGCCACCGUGGAGCCAGUGGCCAUUACUGUGCAUGCAACACAGGGUUCACUGACUAUGGCAACAAAGGGUCUAAGUGCACUGCGUUAAACUGUGAUGUUUUCAAUACGGAUGCCCUGAAGGAGGAAUUUCAAGUUGCACAGGAUCUUGUGGUGCAGUUGAAAAAAAGCUGUCUGAACCUUACGGGGAGUGAGAAUACAUCAGAGCAGGAUGGAGAUCACAUACUGACGAGACUGUUGAAAGUGAUCGACAAGCUCUUGUCCGGUAAAGCCUUCAAGGAUAACAGGAAAGUCUCCACCUUUCUGGAUUUGGUGGAGAAUGCUCUGAGGCUCAUAGGACCUCUCAUUAAAUCCCCAGGGACAACAAGAUCCUCCAGUAACACAGAGCUCAAUCUUCUGGUUCAUAAGGGGGCUGGCUUACCUCAGGGAGCUGUGACUUUGUCAUCGAAGAAAGCCCAGGUGGGCAUCCAGUUGGAGACAGCUGCUGGAGAUCCCUCCAAUUACCCUGGCUUUACAGCAGCAUCCUUGUUGACCUACGCAAACCUGGAAGACUCUGCAGAUGGCUUCUUUAGUGGGAUGAAACCAGAAGUUAACCACGUUUUCAAGAUCAACUCUAAAGUCGCGACUGUCACUGUUAGUAACAGAGACACAAGCUACCUCAAAGAGCCAGUCCAGUUAACUUUCCAACACCUGCAUCAGACAGAUGAAUUUAACCACACCUGUGUGUUCUGGGAUUCCUUUGAGAAAGGAGGGACAUGGUCUGCUCGGGGCUGCAGUGUGGUGGAGUCCAGCACCAACUACACUGUGUGCUCCUGCAACCAUCUGAGCAGCUUUGCUGUGCUCAUGGCGCUCUAUGAGAUAAAGGACCAGUUUGAGUUGCAGCUGAUCACCUGGGUGUGUUUGUCCCUUUCACUAAUUUGCCUGUUCAUCUGCAUCUUGACAUUCUCAUUGAUUCGUUCCAUCCAAAGCCCGAGAACGUCCAUCCACUUGCACCUUUGCAUCAGCCUCUUCAUCGCUAUCAUUAUUUUCCUUGCAGGCAUUUCUCGAACAGAGAAUCAGAUUGGCUGUGCAGUUGUAGCAGGGCUGCUGCAUUUCUUCUUCCUUGCCGCAUUUUGCUGGAUGUGUCUGGAGGGCAUACAACUCUUCAGGAUGGUAGUCCUGGUCUUCAACACCAACUUCAAAACUCUUUACAUGAUGGCGGGAGGCUAUGGAGUCCCAGCUGUAAUUGUGGGAAUCUCUGCCUUAGUUAAUGCCAAAGGAUAUGGCACUGAGAGACACUGUUGGUUAGACCUGGAGUUCAUUUGGAGUUUCUUCGCCCCUGUCUGUGUAAUCAUUGUUAUAAACAUUUUCUUCUUUCUCAUCACUGUGUGGAAGUUGGCACAAAAGUUCUCAAGUUUAAACCCUGACCUGGACAAUCUGCAGAAAAUAAAGGCGUUCAUCAUUACUGCAGUGGCUCAGCUGUGUGUGUUGGGUAUAAUGUGGAUCUUUGGGUGUUUCCAGUUUGAGGAAAGUUCAACAGCCAUGUCUUACCUAUUCACCAUCUUUGGCAGCCUUCAGGGGGUUAUGCUCUUUGUCAUGCACUGUCUGUUUUCUAAACAGGUGAGAGAAGAGUAUGGAAUCAUCCUGUCCAGAUUAUAUGCACCUAAGAAGAAGAGCUACUCAGAGUUCAGCUGGUCGCACUCUAGCAAAGCUCAUGCAUCCAAGAGCACCCAGGACACAGGAGAUUCUCACAUCUGAGGAGCUGAACAGUGACGUGAGAGCAAAGUCUGACGUAUUUCCUGGAGAUUAUCUCACACACACAGCCAAUACUGUCCUGCCAUGUGUAGCCAAUGCACAAUUUUGUUGUACUGCAAAAUGCUGUAAAUAGUAUAUUUGUUAUUGAGUUUGUCUUUGCAUCUUAAGCUACUGAAAUGGAACUGUUGGUUGUUACAAUUAAUUGAGAAAAAAAACAUUCAAUAGUGAGUAUUUUCAUAAUACAGACCUAUCUUCAAAAAAUGAAUGAUUUUUUUAUGUGUAAGCUAAGCUGGAACUUGAUUAGAGCCAAAAGUGUAUUUUACUUUCAUGUCCACACUGAUUUUAUUGGAGUAUUUAUUACAUGGUAAAUAAUAUCAGUUGCUUAAAAAAAUAUCUCUCCAAAUAUUUUUUUCAUAUGUGGAAAGAAUGGACAGAUCUUUGACUAAAAUAUCAAAAUGAUACAUGAUAUUAUCAAGACCUGGUUUGUCAGGUGCAUCUUAUUUGACUUGUGUUCUCCAGGUACUUAAUCAACAAGCAAAGACAUUCUGAAAGAUAUUUCAGGGGCAAAAUCUGUUUUCUGGGUAACUUGUCCGACAUAUGCUACUUAGACAAAAGUAUUGGGACACAUAUCUUCAUUAUUGAAUUCAGGUGUAGUAUGGAGCUUUUGGGGUUUAUCAGGGGUUGGGCUUGGCCCCUUACUGAAGGGAAAUCUUAAGCAAAGUCCAUAAAGACAUCGUUGGAUGAGUUUGGUGUGGAAGAAAUUGACUGGCCCACACAGAGCCCUGACCUCAACCCCAUCCAACAUCUUUGGGAUGAACUGGAAUUGCGAGUCAGGCCUUUUGAUGCAACAUUGAUGUGAUUUGAUGCAACAGCACUUGUGAGGUCUGACCUCACAAGUCCUCUUUUGCAUGAAUGGGAAUAAAUUCCCACAGAAACACUCCAAAAUCUUGUGGAAAGCCUUCCCAAAAGAGUGGAUGCUGUUAGAGUUGCAAAGGGGGGGCCAACUCCAUAUUAAUUUUGUCAUGCAAAUGCCGUUCAAGUCCCUGUUAAUGUAAUGGUCAGGUGUCCCAAUAUUUUGUUUUUAUAGUGUAUUUAAAUUGAUAUUAUCUAAAUAUGAGCAACAAAAAGGAGGACAACUGUCUUAAAGAAAUGUAUUUCAAGGUAUAUUUUUGUAUAUAUCGCUGGAAUUAACAGUAAAUAUUAGUGAAUGUAUUCCUGCUCCAUUCAGUGUGCAUGUUAAAUGUAUUAUGUCUAUAUAUCUUUAUUUUAUUUACCAAGUUCAGAUAAUAGGGCGGCACGGUGGUGCAGUGGUUAGCACUGUUGCCUGAUCUCAAGAGGGUUCCAGGUUCAAAUCUUGGUCUGGAUCUUUCUGUGUGGAGUUUGCAGGUUCUCCUUGUGCCUGCGUGGGUUUUCUCUGGGUACUCCGGCUUCCUCCCACAAUCCCAAAAACAUGCUAUUAGGUUUAUUGGCUACUCUACAAUGCCCCCUAGGUGUGAGUGUGUGGUUGUCUGUCUUUGUGUUAGCUGGGAUAGGCUCAAGCCCCCCUGUGACCCUGAUGGAUAAGCAGUAUAGAAAAUGAAUGAAUGAAAGUUCAGAAAAUAAAUAUUUAAAAACUUGAAUGUUUAAGAAUGCCUCUCCUGCAAGCUUUAAAUAAAUCUGUAUUUUUAAUGUACCUCAUGCUUAUGGUAUCUCCACCACUGGCAGUGCUAUUUUUUUUUAUUACAAAUGCAGAAUAAAAAACAAGCUUUGAACAGCU